GCCACAAGCGGAAGUAAAUAGUGGCCAUGGCACGUUAGCUGGCGUGAGGAGAUACAGUGGAAAGUGAAGCGUGGAUCUCUCUUCACGUUGAACAGUUAAAUAUUACUCCCAAAAGCCAUGUUGUGUUUGCCUGAACUCUGACCGAUGCCGCUCUCGCUCCAUGCUUACUUGCAAAACACAUGUAUGACGAGAGUUGAGGAAUCAAACCGCGCGCUCGGGGCCUGGAGCAGACCUCCGCCAACUAGCUAGCUCGCCUGGCUAACGUUGAGCUAAGUGUAGCUAACGCUGCUUUUGACGCCCCGGCCCAGAUCAAAUAAUACUGAAGUGUGACACCACUUAACGUGAGGAACUCGGCGAGUGACAUUCUCCCGGUGGCGUUAACCGAGGCCGCGGUGGAAGUGUGGCUGCGUCUAAAAUGAUCAUUGAAAACCUCGAUGCCUUGAAAACAUGGCUGUCUGAGACCCUUGAGCCCAUCUGUGAUGCAGACCCCUCCGCCCUCGCUAAGUAUGUCGUUGCCCUGGUGAAGAAGGAUAAAAGUGAGAAGGAGCUCAAAGCCCUGUGUAUAGACCAGUUGGAUGUAUUUCUUCAGAAAGAGACGCAGCUUUUUGUGGACAAGCUGUUCGAAGCCGUGAACAACAAAAGCUACCUCCCACCGCCAGAGCAUCCAUCCUCUCUGGGCAAAGUCGAGAAAGACGAGCAGAAAAAGGAUGAGAUAAACCGGGAUGAAGAACGGGAGAAGAAGUUCUCUCGGCGGGUGAAUCACAGCCCUCCACCAUCAACCUCUCGCUACAGUAGAGACAGCAGGAGAGUCGAUGACCGCAAGAGGGACGAUCGCUCCAGGAAGAGAGAGUAUGACCGCGUCCCGCCGAGGAGGGACUCGUACCGCGAACGCUACAAUCGCAGGAGAGGCCGCAGUCGCAGCUACAGUCGUAGCCGCAGCCGCAGUUGGAGCAAGGACCGCGUCCGGGACCGUGACAGAGAAAGGGACAGGGACAGAGACAGAGACCGGGACAGAGAGAGGGACAGAGAACGCAGCAAGAGCAGGUCCCACAGCAGAACCAGGUCUGGAAGCAGGAGUCGAGAACGAGAUCCUGCUAAAAUGAAAUUCGAUCAUGAACGUGUGGAGAGGCCAGAGAGCGGUGACGGCUACGCUGCAGCAUCCCAGGUCUCCACUGCAACCACGACACACUUCCCUGUGCCAUCACUGAGCAGCACCAUCACAGUCAUCGCCCCCACACACCAUCACAGCAACAACAGCAGUGAGAGCUGGACAGACUUCUGCCCUGAUCUCCCUGUUGAUCGUGUCCCCUUUGGCAGGGGGCCACCUCCUCCUCAACUGAGGAAUCGAUGUCGUGACUAUGAUGAAAAGGGGUUCUGCAUGCGUGGGGACAUGUGUCCUUUUGACCAUGGAAGUGACCCAGUCGUUGUGGAAGAUGUCAAUUUGCCCAAUAUGCUGCCUUUCCAACCUCCGCCCAUCUCUGGUGUGGAUGGCCCCCCGCCACCUGGGCUCCCACCACCACCACCUCUCAUGAACCCCCCACCUGUGAACCUGCGGCCCCCUGUGCCCCCACCGGGUGCCCUUCCACCCAGCCUUCCACCUGUUGCAGGUCCGCCUCCUCCACUUCCUCCGUUGCAACCAUCAGGAAUGGAUGCUCCUCCCAAUUCCAUCACAAGCUCUGUUCCCACCAUCGUCACUUCUGGGAUGCGACCCUCACUUCCUCAGCCUCCAGGGCCGCUCUUCAACACCGACAACUAUGAAACAGAUGUGUACAAUCCUGAAGCUCCCAGCAUCACCAACACCCCCAGACCAAUCUACCGCCACAGGGUCAAUGCCCAGAGACCCAACCUGAUUGGCCUCACGAUGGGGGAGGUGGACCAGCCAAAGAGAGACAAGAUUCCUAACAACUGUAUGCGGAUUGUAAUGGAAUCUGAUCCGAGAAAGAGACCAGCUAUUUCUCACGAUGGAGGCCUCCUCUCAAAGAAACCUUGGUUUGACAAACCCAACUUUAACAAUCCCAACCACCAGGGCUACCACAAAAGACCUCCCUUCUCUACCAACACCAAGCUGCUGGUUCGGCAAAUUCCCCCUGACCUCAACAACAUCAGCAAACUCAAUGAACAUUUCAGCAAGUUUGGCACCAUCGUCAACCUGCAGGUGGCCUACCAGAACGACCCAGAGGGGGCACUGAUCCAGUUUGCGUCUCCAGAUGAGACCAAGCGAGCUAUGCAAAGCACAGAGGCUGUUCUCAACAACCGCUUCAUCAGGGUGCACUGGUUCCGUGAGGAUGGGAAUGAUGUACAUGGCCAGUCUCACCCACAGCAGCAGCAGCAGCCACAGACCCAGCCAGCACUGCAGCCUUCAGCUACCUCUCUGAAGCAGUCAGUCAAAGAUCGCCUUGGACCAAUGCUCCCUGCAAACUCUGAGCCCUCCCAAGACUCCAGUGCAGCCGCUCAGAAUCCAUCUAAAGUGUCAGUGAAGGAACGUUUGGGCUUUUCCUCAAAACCAGCAGCUCCUGGCGAAAAAGUGUUCUCUACGUCCAUGGGUCUCACAAAAACAGUGUACAACCCUGUUGCCCUGAAGGCAGCCCAGAAAACCUCAGAGGAUGCCCUGAAGAAGAAACAGGAAGCUCUAAGACUACAGCAGGACGUACGGAAGAAGAAGCAUGAAAUAUUGGAGAAGCACAUUGAGACACAAAAGCUCCUGAUAUCCAAAAUAGAGAAGAACAAAGCAAUGAGGGCCGAGGACAAAGCCAUGAUCAUGGUAACUUUGGGCACGUUAACCAAGAGCAUCACCAAACUGCAGGAGGAGAUAAAGGGAAUCUCAUUCAGCAACAACAACCCACUACGCAUCAACAAGAGCAAGGCUCAGGCACAGAAGGAUCUGCUGGAUGCGGAGCUGGACCUGUACACGAAGACUCAGGCAGGAGAGGACACCGCAUUACUGAAGAUCAAGUAUACCCAGCUUCAAAUUGAGGCAGCUAAAAGAGGACUCCUGUCACCAGGGCGAGGCAGGGGGGUCCACAGCCGUGGCCGCGGGGCUCACAGGGCCCGGGGGAGGGGCUCCAGAGGUCGGGGAAGAGGCGUGCACGCAGUCGUGGACCAUCGGCCACGAGUGCUGGAGAUUUCAGGUUUCACCGAGGCCGACUGCGUAGACCUGCUGCCACACUUUGCUCAAUUUGGAGAAAUUGAAGACGGACGGAUAAAUGAAAACAACCAGUCGGCGAUCAUCUCUUUUAAGACCAGAGCAGAGGCUGAACAGGCGGCUCUUCAUGGAGUGAAGUUCAACAACCAGACUUUACGCCUGUCGUGGCACAAACCUGCCAUGUCUCUCAGUGCUGCCGAUGCUGAUGGGGCAGAACAGGAUGAGGAUGAGUACCCGGAAGAGUCCCUGAGUGACAACGAGCUGCUGCAGGACGACGACGAGGAAGAGGACGACAACGAGCCGCGCUCCUGGCGCAGAUGAAGAUCAGUCACAUGCUCGUCUCUGGGCAAACCGGUGCGGAAAAGGAGCAACAAUCCAGCAACUUUAUUAGAUUUCAAUGCCUGUUUAGAAGUCAUGAAUUGUUGUUUUUUUUCUCACAAAAAUGUAACAAGCAAAAGAACAUUGUGAGUUUGAUUAAUUUUAAUGUGUGUAUCAGAUGCAGCAAUGGUGAAUUUUUUAAUGAUCUUAAUGUAGAACUAGAACUUUUUUUCUUUUGAUUGAGUUAUUUUGUUUCCCAGAACACAUACUUUGUCUGGACAUGUGACACCUGUUCCAAUUAAGACACAUUUGUUAAACUCUCAGUUUAAGGAAAACCAAACCCAUGUUUUAAUUUCACAGCAUCACAGGCCGUAGCUUCUGCUGCAUAGUAUGAGGUUGACUUAAAAUGCUCAUGUGUAAAUAUUUUAUGUCAGGGUUUAAAUGAUUUGUAUGAACGCUUGGCUUCUGACUUCUUGGCUUUACUUUGAAUUGUACAAAAAAUAAAGAAUUGAAAUGGUCUGAAAACAAACUGCAGAGAAAAAAAAAAAGAGAAAAAAAAGAAUAAAAAAAACAAAAAAACAACAUUGCAGUUAAAAAAACAACAACACUCGUGUUGAAAAAGACCAUUUCAAAAAACAAAAAAACUU